CAGGCAUUCGCUGAGACGCUGAUGGCUAACACCAUGAACAAGGAGGCAAGGAAGGUCUACGAGGAUGGGGAAGGCGGGAUCCAUCGGCUCCCGGACGAAUGCUUAGCGAAGGCUAUCGGCCUGACCUCACCGGCGGACGCCUGCCGCGCGGCAGCUGUGUCCGCCGCUUUCCAGUCGGCGGCGGACUCCGACGUUGUGUGGGAGCGGUUCCUGCCGCCGGACUGCGACGCCGUGCUGGAGCGGGCAGUCCACCUCGUGGAUGCCUCCUGCAAGAAGGAGCUCUUCAUGGACCUCUGCGACGAGCAUGUCCUCCUUGACGACGGCAAGAUGAGUUUUGGGCUACAGAGAUCAAACGGCUCCAAAUGCUACAUGGUGUCUGCAACCGAGCUACAAAUCGCUUGGGCUAAUGUAGAUCUCUACUGGAGAAAGAGAUCGGACCCAGAUUCAAGGUUCUCGAAAGUGAUAGAGCUUGUCUCAGUCUGCUUGUUAAGCAUCUAUGCCAUCAUUAACAUCAAGGAGCUCUCUCCUGGUACCCACUACGCGGGCUACCUCGUCUUCAAGCUCACCCACAACGCCUCCGGCCUUGGCUCCUCACGCCAGAUAUCGUUCGUUGAGAUAGAUGAGCAGCCGGUUGGAAAAGUCUACACGGCAUCUCUUCAUCCUUGCACCCGUUCUUCCUGUGAGCCCGGCAGGGAAUGCGAAUCAUCGACGAUGGAGGAGCCGCAUGAGCACAAGCAGGAGGAUGAUGGAAGCGGCAUCGCCGUCGUGAGGUACCCUCGACAGAGAGUGGAUGGGUGGCUGGAGCUAGAGAUGGGUGAUUUCUACACGGGCACAAUUGAUGAUCCAACCGCAAAUGUUAAAAUAGCAUUGUCCGAGUAUGAGGAGCUGAAGUGGAAGAAGGGGCUCAUCGUCGAAGGCAUCGAGAUAAGACCAAAGAAUUAACUGAGAUGAUAGUUCUAUAUCUAUACCAUAGAUACCAGAAAACUUAUGUCCCACUUUGGGUGAUGAGCGAGUAAUAGGAUGGUUAGUGUUUGAUGUAGUCGUGGCAUGUUAUUAUUGUUUAUCGUAUACUUUUUGAAAAAGUGUAACAAUUGACGGUUAUGUACAUUUAUGAUAUCU